GAGCAUAAUAGACAAUUAUCCGAUGGGUCAGUGAAUGUGAAUUAUCUAGAUUUUGCAGAUUGGCGUUGAAUAUACAAAUCAAGCUCCUCUCCAUUCCUAAUAGAAACCGGACUAUAUUCUAAACAUAAGGAAAGAGAUGACACUAUUUUGUUUGAGCAAAAUGUAGCGCAAACACGACGGAAAUGAGCAAACCAAUGACACUAAUUCGUUGGAACGAACGAACGAACAAACGCAUACAACAACAGCAGCAGCAAUAAAGCCAAUAAAAAAGUAUAAUAUGAAAAUUAAAGAGAUAUCCCCCCUCUCCGCCAGUACAAAUUAGUAUAUGAUCCCCCGAAAAAACAUUAAACAUAAUGUGGGGGAAAUCCCCAUGCCGAAUCGAAUAAUACCACACUGUUUUGCGAAUUCUUUAGAUGGAAAUUAAAUGGGCUUUUCAUUCACUGCAAUGCAAGCAUAAACUCAGUUUUCGGAAUGUUUGUUUGAAGUGCUAGAAAGAGAAGAAUGCUAAACAUAUGAUUUUGACACAACAAAAACAGCACAGCAGCAAACAUUGUCUACGACAAUUUACAACAGUCCAAAAAAAAAUAUAUCAGCAACAACAUCCAUUUCCACUACCGGCAACAUCGCUCAACAAAUUCCGUACGAGUUGGAGCCGAGCUGAUGGUUAUUAGUGUGAACAACAUGUGAAUGUGUGUAGGUAACGGCUGCAGAAAAACAUAUGAUUAUCGGUCGGGGCGCAUUGAGAGCAGUAUCAGACAAUACAACUGAGAGACCCUUUGUUUGGGGGAUUUUCUUCGUCAACGCCGCCAUUCAUGGCACAUGGAGAGCUAAAAAAAAAAACAGGUAAAGAACGUGUGGUGUGUGUGUGCGAACAAACAAAAUUUCAUAUGCUGUAAAUGUUUGACGUUGACAGCUCAGUCAGUUGAGAGAGCUCGUACGAUAAAGACGCCUUUACGUUUGUUAGAACGAUAACAAGACGCCGUAAAUUACAAGAAGAUAAGAAACAGUUAUGAAAUAUUUAACUAUUUCCCAUAAACAAUAAUAGCAACAACAACGCGAAGAGCUCGAAACAGAAACGCGUUAAAUUUCUACCAUAACAAAAUAAUAAAUUAUUUUUAUAUCUGUGACAAACAACAAGAAUCCCAAAAAAAAAAAAGAAAAACAAAUUCAUUUGACAACUAAUUGUGAUAUUUAAAAAAAAGAAAGAAAUUGAUAAAAAAAUACAACAAAUUUGGAAAAUCCCAAAACACAUCCAGAAGCAAGGAAAAAUCAAGUCAAGACCUUAAAAAGCGUCUUAAAAAAAUUAGUGAAAAUUACAAAGAAAUAAAAAAAGAAACAAAACAGUUGUUUUUUUCUGUGAGAGAGCCAACAAGAAGAGCGAGAGAGAAACAUAUAAUUGUGUGUGUGUCAGUUAAUUGAGUUAAUUGAAAAAAUCACUCAAGAGAGCAACAAACUACUCAUUUGCCUUGAGUGAAACUUACACAGUGCGCGAGCGAAACAGAGAGAGUUGCGCACAUGCUCAUGAGAAUUGCCUAAAACUCUCAUCGGUCCGAAAAACUGCUCUCGCCAAGUGAGCCGCAAUCAUCUCAGCAACGCCAUCACAACGCAAUUUUAUGUUAAACGCUUACAACGUAACGCAUUCGAAGCAAUUUAACGUCUCUGUUUCUUCGACUGCUCCAUAACGUUAAAGCUGCUCGUGGUAAACGGACGGACAAUAAUUACCGUAAUUUGUAAAAAAAAAACAGACACAAGAACUAAUCUCAGCAAAAGAAAACGCCCGUUCAGAAGUUUGAACCCAAAAAAAGAAACACUGAAACCAACUACAUUUCUGCCGUCGCGUCGUCUCUGUAAAGCAGCUUCUUUUGUAAAUUUCAAAAAAAAAAAAAACAAAACUAAAUUCUUAAGACUGAAUUCAUAACAAAAAAUAAAAAAAAAAUAAAAUUAUAAAAAAAUUCCCUAAUUUUUUAUAAUAAUAACAAAAAAAAAAAAAAACAACAACCAUAAUAUAAAGACUGAUUAAAACUAUAUUAAACAAAAACAAGAAAAAAUAACCAAUACAACAACAAAACAAAAUAUAAUUUAAAAUACGGGUCUAAUACAAGCAAACAACAACAAGGAGAAGUAAUAAAACAACAGCAACAACAACAAAUUCACAUAGAAUACCUGCUAAAUAAAAGAAAGAAUAAAAAUAGAAAAAAAUCAAGUUACAUAUUUUACACUUUCAUGGAUUAACGUUCCUGCUACUACGACAACAACAAAAACAACAACAAAUUUAAUCAAUAUUAUUAUUCAACAAUAAAACAAAAUUUAAAAAAAAAAAUAAUAACAAAUCAUAAUAAUCCGCCUAUUAACCAAUAAAAAAAAUAGCAAAGCCUAUAUAUAUAAUAGCCCUGUGGAUUACCUAUAUUAUAUAUAUAAAAUUUGUUCAAUAACACAACAACAACUACUACAACAACAACUAUCAACAAAAAAAUUACAAAAGCUUGGAUUACCAGUGCCAAUUUGUUAAUAAAAAAGAAGUAUCACAAGAAAACAUAAAAAAAUACAUCCUCCUACUCCACCUCCUCCUAUUCCAAAAAAAGAGAAUAACAAAAACAAAAGAAAAUAUAUAUCACUAAAUAUGUUUUGAAACAUAAAAUGAAUUAAGUGUAACUCAAGUGUCAGUGUUAAAUGUCCACUAUCACCAGCGAUUCGCUAAAAACGCUGUGAGCUCUUUACCAAUUUGACAAGCUACCCUUGUUCCUAGGAAGGGGUUACCCGUCAUUUUUGUCAGCUCAUCGUAGCAGCAGCAGCAGCUUUACCAGCCAGCAACAUGACUAUGGCCGCCUGUUAUGCCAAUUAUGACAUGGCCUCCCUGGCCUCUCAUAGCUUGGCCCAGACACAAACCGCCGCCCUGAUGCACCAGCAUCAUGGCCAGCACCACAGUCAGCAGCAGCAGCAGCAACACCUGUAUCAGCAAAACACCUCCUCAGCGCAUCAUAAUACCCACAGUCAUUACUCACACAAUGCCUCAACGGCAGCCCGGAUGUCAACGAUGGCGGCGUCGGCCCAACAAAGUAGUGUCGCUGCCGCCGCCGUUAAUUCGAUCACCUCCGCCAUUGCCUCCUCCUCAUCUGCAUCAGCGUUAGCCAACGCUACUGCCAGCCAACAACAGCAACAGCAACGUAACCAAAAUGCCUCCAACUCUGCCACAGCAGGAUCAGCCACACCCGCAUCAGUAUCAGCCUCAACACCCGCCUCACAACAAACACCACACAACAGUGCGUCCACGACGUCAACGGCCAAAGACUACUCCAUACCCCUGCAUGUGGACUGCAGUGUGGAAUACGAGCUGCCCAAUCAGCCCAAGCCGCCAGCGGGGCAACGGGUUGAGCCCCUGCUGAUGAUACAUCCCUGUUUUUUCCGUAAAAUUGAAUCGCAGAGGCGUAGUCCUUUUGUGAAUAACAUGCCCACGGCGGCAGCAGCCCGUAGCACAGCGGCUGCAGCUGCGGCCCUAACACACUCCAGCUCCCAGAAUUCAGUGGUGACGUCGUCCUCACGGCGGGCCAGACAAACUCAGGUUAUACAGCAACAGCAGCAGCAACAACAUCACCAACAACAACAGCAGCAGCAACAACAACAGCACCAGCAACGCCAGGCUGUCCAGGCUGCCCAACAGUAUCAGCAACACUUGCAACAGCAACAACUCAGGCAUAGUCAACAAUCUCAGCAACAACAACAGAUGUCACAAAUGUCACAGCAGGCCCACUACCCGGUGGUGGUCAGCCAUCAGCAACAACAACAGCAGCAACAUCACCAGCAAACCUCCAGUAAUGCCAGCAAUGCCUCCUCGUAUCUACGUUCCACACAAAGGGCAACAUCGGUGGCCCAACAGCAACAGCAAAGAUCAAGCCAAAGUCACCUUUUAGUACAACAGCAACAACAACAACAGCAGCAGCAGCAGGCCUCAAGUCAAUGGGAUCAUUUGCUGCCCAAUUGCCCAAUUUCUGCCCGCAGCUCCAUGACGCCAGCCCAUUUGAAUUAUGCCCAACAAAGUUCCGGAAAAAUGCAGAAUGCUGUUGCAGCUGCCGCCGGCAACAAUGUUGGCAAGCGUGAUGCCAUGAUUUCGGGUAGCGGCAUAUAUGGAGCCGCCAGUAAACAACAGCAACAACAACAACUGAACAUGGGCUCUCUGUGGAGUACCGGAGAUACGGCAUCAGUGGCCGCCACCGUUGCCUCCAGCAACUCAGCCAAUGUUAAUCUUAUGAUGGACCGCAGUCCAAUGGCCACAGUUCCUAGCAAUUAUCAGGCUGGUCCUGAGGCAACGCCUCAACUCAACAACAGCAACCAAAGUUCAGCAAAUGCACGCCAUUAUGGCUCAACAAUUGUGCCCAAUUCCCAGCAAAGCCACACCUCGGCCGCAGCAGCAGCGGCGGCGGCGGCAGCAGCUGCUGCAGCCAUGAGCUCACAUCACCAACAACAGCAGCAACAACAGCAACAUCACUCCCAGCACAGCCAACAGCAACAUAGCCAGCUGCAACAACAGCAACACUACUCGGAAAAGAUCAGUGGCAAAUAUCGGCAAUACCUCAGAUCUCAGCGCAUGCAUCCAUAUUUGGCCGCCACCUCAAGUGCCGCUGCUGUGGCAGCUGCGAAUUUGCAACAGACAUUUCCCCAAUUCACGGCCGCCACAGCGGCUGCGGCAGCUGUGGCCGCAACACCAUCAUUCCAGCAUUUGCAACAAAUCUCCUGUUAUAAUGUGUGAUAAAACUGAGCGCCAGAGCCGACGCCGCCGCCGCCUGGUAGGAUGUUGACGAUGACUACGACGAAGCCGUUUUCGGAUGAUAUAGGCUAAUGUUAAUGCUACUACUCCACCUCCGCACUCCCACUCCUCCUUCGCCACACAUGUCUUUAAGUUAUUCAAACGAAAUAUGAAUCCAAAGAAUGAAAAGAUUGUUUUUUUUUUUAAUAAAUAUUAUUCGCAACUCUCUAAGAUAAGGCAGCAGCAGCAUAAGUGAUAUCAAAUGUAACGAGAAGAUGGUACGGAAGGAUCUAUCCAGAAGCUGGGAUCAAGGAAUGAAUGGCAUUGCAAGGCAUUUGGUUGAGGCAUUAGACAAUGGCAUUUAAUCCGACUGUGAAAACAUCUGGGGGAAAAGUUCUUAGAAAGGCUGUACAUAUUAUUAUAUAUAUCUUUAAUGUAUAAGGAAAAAAGCUUUACUUAGUAAAAAAAAACCUAAAAAACACAACAACAACAAAAAAACUCCCCUCUUUAAACUUGAAUACAAAAAACAACAAAAAAGACUCAACUUUUCCCCUCUCAUCAUACAUGUCCACAACCAUGGAAGCAGUUAAAUGCCGACGGAAAAAUGCCAAAGUGCUGAGACAAUGGAAGCCUAGCCUAGUAGAGACGUAGCCCCGUAGCGGCUGAAAUUUGAAUUUAAUUGUUUUUGUUGCUUUUAAGGCGUUAUUGGUGUUGUUGCAACUUUUGAAGAUCCUGCAGAUGACGAUGACAGCAAGUAAGCCAGCAGUAAGAUGCCGCCGUCUACAUUAUCAUGUCUAGCAGAAAAAUAUUAACAAACAAAAAAUUGAAGCCAAACAAUCCCCCCCUCUCCCCUCGAAAUUUCAAGUGGCAUUAUUGUGAUUUUAUUUGUACAAAUUAUAAAAUGUUUAAUUAUUAUAAUUAUUUUUUAUUUUUUGUAAACUAAAAAAUAUUUUCCUCUUAGUUUUUUUAAAUGGAAUUCUGUUAAUGUUUAAAUUUUCUAAAUUUAAAGUAGAAAAAAAAGCAAAUUAAAAUUAUCCUAAAAAAAUUUAAACAAAAAUCUAUGCUGAUUGUUAUGGAAAGAGAAAGAAAACAAAAAUAUAAAUUUUACUUUAAAUAAAUUUCAAAAAAAUAUUUAAGAUCUAAAAAAUACAUACAUAUUUUUUAUUUUGAAAACCACCUACCCCCCUGUCCCCUCCAGAAAAUAUGAAAAAAUAAUUGGAAACUUAUUCCUAACAACCAUAAACAACACAACAUGUUAGCCACAAAAUAAUGCUGUUGGAAAAUUCAAAGUUAAUGCUUAAAAAAACCGAAAAAAAUUAAGAAAAAAAUCAAAAAAAUUACAAGGCAAACGAACAUAUAUAAAUAUUAUUAUAAAACAAGGUAAAAAAAGUAAUUAUUUGUAAAUCUAUGGAAUUAGUUUACAACAUAAAGAAAAACUUAAUAAUAAUAAUAUGGAAAAUAUGAAGGUAAAACAAAACAAUACAAAUUAAUAAUAAUAAUUAUUUAAGCAUAACAAUAAAACAAUUAGACCGACUCAAAGAUAGCUACAAAAUUAAUUAACAAAAAAUUAAAAAAAAGAAAAAAAUGCAUGCAACAACCCAAAAAGACAUAGACAGGCAAAAAGGCAACAAACAACAUCAAUAACAACAACAACAAAAUAUAUAUAAAAAUAUAUAUUUAAAAAAAAAAAAAAAACAAAAGAAAAUACAAACAGAACAUAAACAAACGUAAAACAAAACGUAUGGUAGUGAUAUUUGUUAUAAAAUAAUUCAUUUUUUAGUAAUUAAUUUAAUUUAAAACAAAACAAAACCAAGAAAAAAACAAUAAAAAUUAUAAUAAUGAUAAUGAUAUAUAAAAUAAAAAAAACCCUAAACUAUAUAUUAUAUAUUAAUAAUUAUAAUACAAACUAUAAGUAUAACAACAACAAAUUAUGAAAUUGUAACCCCUCUAUCCACCCCCUCGCCCAUCAAAAACCCUUGAAAAUUAGAAAUCAAAAUUCCAUAAUCAUAGUUUCCCUUUCCUGUCCCUUAAAUAUUGUAAAAUAGCCUAAACUAACCCACCACCUUAACUUAUAUAUCCCCUACUCCUUUCACUCCCAACACCCAACACAAAACUCUCUAUCAAGCUCUCUGUAAACCUUAAACAAGUUUUUUGGCAUCAUUGUAUCUCUUAACACAAAGAAAACAAAAAUAACAUCUCUAAAUUAUUAUACCUAUCCCCCCCCUCACUCCACUCAAAACAAAAAAGAGAACUAUAAUGGAAGAAAAUUAUUGCAAAAUACAAAAAAAAAAAACAACAAAAUCCAUUAGCAUGAAAAGAAUACAAUACAAAACCAAUUAUAAGUAAAACAGACAAAAAAAAAAAAACAAGAAUAGCAAAAAAAAAGAAGAACAACAACAACAUGAAUGCAUAACAAGAGAAAGCAAAGAAUGCAAAAAAAGAAAAGGAUUGAGAGUAAAUAAAAAGAAAAUAAUGUUACAUUUGUCAUAGACGGCCUGGAGAGUGGUAGACCCAAGUCGACCCUCUGCUGACGAUCCUAUGGACAAAACAAACAAAAAAUGUUACCAAAAAUUAAA